AUGACUCUAUCGAAUCCAUCAUUAAUCCCAACCAGCCCCAUCCAAGCCCUGACCAAACCCAUUCACCAUGACAACCCAUAUCGCACCCCACCAUACUACACCCAAUUCCCCAUUCACCAUGACUACCUGUCCUACAUCCCACCAUACUACACCCAAUUCCCCAUUCACCAUGACUACAUGUCCUACACCCCACCAUACUACACCCAAUUCCCCAUUCACCAUGACUACAUGUCCUACACCCCACCAUACUACACCCAAUUCCCCAUUCACCAUGACUACCUGUCCUACACCCCACCAUACUACACCCAAUUCCCCAUUCACCAUGACUACCUGUCCUACACCCCAUCAUCCUACACCCAAUUCCCCAUUCACCAUGACUACCUGUCCUACUCCCCACCAUCCUACACCCAAUUCCCCAUUCACCAUGACUACAUGUCCUACACCCAAUUCCCCAUUCACCAUGACUACAUGUCCUACACCCCACCAUACUACACCCAAUUCCCCAUUCAUUCACCAUGCUACACCCAAUUCCCCAUUCACCCCACCAUGCUGCACCCAAUUCCCCAUUCACCAUGA